AAAAUAAAAUUGCGACCACUAUGUCUAUUGGUAAACUAUUAAACAAUUACACGGAUUUAAAUUUACUAUUUAAGUAUCAUAUCAUUUUCGUCAUUUAUUAUCCUUUUUGGUGUUACUCCACUAAGCUUUUGUCCUGUUUCAAUUCUGGUAGGUUGAGUUUUUUCAAUUUAUUGACUUUUUUGACUUUUUUGUGCGACAUGAAAUACUGUAAUUCGAAAUUUUAUCUCCUAUCAGAUUAUCGGAAUCGUAUUCAAUUU